AUGGCACCAACCACUAUUAUCACAGCUGGCAAUAAACCAGUAGUAGUCUUCGCCCCAGGAAAGAGAUAUAUUGCUGCGUGUACUUCUAUUUUGAUUGUUAAUCUUGUUUGUGCACUCGAUGCCACAACAAUAGCAGUUGCUCUCCCAACAAUAUCCGAAGCCCUCAAUGGAAAUUCAAUUGAGGCUUUCUGGGCCGGUACCUCUUUCCUCCUCGCUUCUACCAUUUGGCAACCCGUAUUCAUAGCACUAUCACAUGUAUUUGGACGCAGACCGUUACUCUUGUUCUCACUAUUCCUUUUUACAAUCGGCUCCAGUCUGGGGGGAGCAGCACAAAGUAUGCCUUCCUUGUUAGUAGGCCGUUGUCUGCAAGGAAGUGGUGUCGGUGGCAUUCUUGCACUCACAGAAGCUUUAAUAACGGAUAUGGUACCAUUACGCCAAAGAGGAAAUGCAAUGGCACUUUUAGGAGCGGUAUGGGCAUUGGGUAGUGUCACUGGACCACUAAUUGGUGGGACCUUGGCUGAUAGAAAUGCUUGGAGAUGGAUAUUCUACCUCAAUCUACCCAUAAUCGCAGUAGGCUUUGUAGGAUGUGUUUGGUUCUUGAAAUUGGAGAGAAAAAAAAGAACGAUACAGGAGAAGUUGUCUGAAAUCGAUUACAUCGGAUCAAUUAUCUUUGUUGGGUCACUAACCUCAUUUCUUAUCCCCUUGACUUGGGGUGGAGUGAGUUAUUCAUGGACAAGCUGGCAUACUUUGGUUCCACUGCUGAUAGGAGCUACUGGACUUAUCAUUUUCUGCAUAUAUGAAGCGAUGUUUGCAAAGAAACCCAUCAUACCAACUCGACUUUUCCGCAACCCUUCAACAACAAUUGCUUACUUUUGUACUUUCUUACAUGGGAUGAUACUCUGGUCCAUCGUCUAUUAUGCCCCCUUCUACUUCAUGUCUGUCCAAGGCUACACAUCAAUGAUGGCAGGUGUGGCUGCCCUUCCGGAAACCCUUACUAUUGUACCUACAGCGAUGAUUGUCGGAGUUAUCGCUGCAAUAACAGGAAAAUACCGUUGGAGUCUAUGGCUCGGAUGGGCUUUCACAGCUUUUGGUUGUGGUAUGCUAUAUCUUCUUGAUGUUGGAACACCGGUUGUGGCGUGGGUUUUUUUGAUGCUAGGAAGUGGUAUUGGUAUGGGACUUUUGUAUCCAGCCAUGAGUUUAGCCAUUCAGCCUCGGCUCCACAGGAAGAUGCUGCUACUGCGGCAGGAUUGUUCACGUUCUUUAGGGCGUUGGGUCAGACGGUUGGGGUGGCGAUUGACUUCGGAUUGGCUCUUCAUCCGCAUUCCAUGUUUUCCCCCAGCUCUCUUCCGCUUCUACUUCACCUCGGCAAGCGCUCUUGAAGUCUUUUCCAUCGAGAUUUGGUUGCCAUUCCGUAUCGAGCUUGUGCUAACAGUAAUCAGUGGAGGUGGCAUCUUACAGAAUAGAAUGCUUGCCGAACUCAGGGCCACCCAAGACUUUGCCAUAAUCGUAGCAAAAUUUGGAUACACGAUCGAGCAGGUAGCUGCCAAUGUAGUAGCUUUGAUUCCAUUGAUUAAUGCUCUACCACCCGACAAUUUGGAAGUUGUGGAAUUUAGGCUUGUAUCUGCAGCAUCUAUUAAGACUAUCUGGUUCGCCAUGUGUGCAUUUGCUGUAAUUGGAUUGAUCGCUAGUUGUUUCAUUAAGAGCUAUUGUCUUGAUCAAGCUCUUGUAACGGAUCAAGGUUUUGCAAUUGGGGUAAAAAAGGUCGAUAUCGAAAACGCGGAGAUGAGUAAUAAAGGUAGCGAGGUUGAGACUUCGAAAUUGUCUAUAGAGGAGGAAGUCAAGGAGGUGAUUGAUUCAACUCACUUAUCAGUCAAUCGAAGUAUCGACAAGUUGAGUGAAUGGGAGAAGUUGGACACAUUGGGUAACCGGAAAAGCGUUAAGUCGAAUGAUAUAGAAAAGUUGAAGCGUUCUGCUGGUGAGGGGAGGGAAUACUUGAAGAUGUCAGAAGACACUUACCCAUGUUCGGAAAAGACUAUUAGUUGUAAAUCCUUGAAUGAGAAGCCUACCGUUGUUUUUGCACUGAUUUUAUUUCCAUUGAUCCUACAAACUCAUACCUCUUCAAACUAUUUUGUGCGAUACUGA